AUGCGCGACCUGAAGACGAUUGGUGCCCUGCAACUUGAAAAACGGCCUCCGGAGCGGAAGCCCAAAGGUCCAGCUGCCAAGAAGUCGAAGAGUGGCGCUGCAAAAACCUCUGUGGAUCCUAGCACUCUGCUAUUGCAUGACAAACGGGUCUUGUUGGUCCCAUUCGGGCCCGAUAUGGGUCGCAAACGAAUCGAAAUUCUGCAAGGUUUGGUCGAAAAACUUGUAGGUUUGGUUGUUGCAAGUGCUCAGCUGACACAAGAAAAGGCGGCGGAGUUCUUGCAUAUUGAUAAGUUCCCUCCUCCUAACAUCGAUGUCUACACGCCAGAAUGGCUAGUAUAUUUACGGCAGGAAAAAAAAAUUCCUGCUGCAGGCUCGAUGUUGACAUGGGCCGAGCAGCAGCACGCUCAGGAGGAAGCAGCACGACACGAACAGCAUUGCGAAGAGGUGGCACAACAGUUGGAGGAGAAGCAAGCGCAAAAAGAUAACAGUGACAGUGACGAAGGCUCGGAUUCGGAGAACUCAGGCACGCGACAAAUUGUACGCGCACCACCCGUUGAAAUCAACAGUGAAGAGGUUCGCGAGCAACAAGCUGAGUUAAGCGAGAAGAACCGCAAGCUGGUCGAGGAGCGCACACCCAUUUUCUACAAGAACAACCCCGAUUUUCGCCCAAUUACCGAGUCAGCGGUACCAGGUUCGAAGAAAGUCAAAGGCGAAGGCUUCAUUUGCCAACAAUCGUCAGCGGUCCAGCAGAAUCUUAAUGCUCAUUUGACCGAUCCAUUGGAGGAAAUGAUGGAGUUCCUUGACGUUGAACGGGAUGUCUGGCGGCAGUACAUGUAUAAGAAAGUGGUGUCGAGUCUGAAAGCCAUGCGCCGUCGCGUUUGCAGUGUGAAGGAUUUCAAGGAUAUGCACUGGGUGAAGGGACGUUUGCGAGAUAAAGUCAUUGAAAUCCUCGAGACUGGUCGUCUGGCCAAGCUCGAUGCCAAGAAGAGCAAUCCCAGAUUACGUGCCUUGGUUGAAAUUGCUCGAAUCUGGGGUGUUGGCCCUGCGACGGCAGCGAAACUUUAUGGUCAAGGAUACAAAUCAGUGACAGAAUUACGAAAGCCUGAAGCUGCAGCGGUGCUGACAGCACAGCAACAAAUUGGAGUGAAGCACUAUGAAGACUUUCUCACCAAGAUUCCAAGAGCUGAAGUACACCAGAUAGAGCAAACCGUUGUGGAUGAAGUUCACAAAAUGAUUCCGAAUGCCAUCGCUCUGGCCUGCGGCUCGUAUCGCCGCGGCAAGCUUUCGUCCGGCGAUUGUGACGUUCUUAUCACAGAUCCAGACGCUGACGCAUGUGCUAUCAUGCCUGAAUUGCUCAAACGCCUCCAUGCGUCGGGACGAUCUGACGCACUAUCAAAAGCAAAAAACUGGCGGCUGUGA